AUGAAUGCACUGUCGAAGAACAGUGGAGGUAUGUUUUUCCAGUACGGCCAUGGGGGCAACGGGAAGACAUUUAUUUGGAACACACUUUCCGCCACUGUUCGUUUUGAGAAGGGCAUUGUCAUUAAUGUUGCCUCGAGCGCUGGAGACUACAAUGAUGGUGAAGCCUCGAUUGAAAUUCCUGAGAACAUGCUGAUUCGAGAUUCGGAGGAUGCUUUUUCAGAGCUACUGCAGUUCGUGUAUCCGGAUUUGUUGAAUAACAUUGCCAAUCAUGAUUUGUUCCAGGGGAGGGCCAUUCUGGGGCCUACAAAUGAGAGUGUUAUAUAUGUGAACGAUUAUCUGUCAUCACUAAUUGAAGAAGAGGAAAAGGUUUACCUGAGCUCUAAAAGUUUGUGCGUGGACGAAGCAGGUUCCGAGAUUAAGGCAAAAAUUUAUUCCACUGAGUUUCUCAAUACAAUAUCGUGCUCCGGUCUGCCCCCGCAUAAGCUAUUAUUAAAGAAAGGCGUUCAUGUCAUGCUCAUUAGGAAUCUCAAUCAAGCGAGAGGUUUGAGCAAUGGAACUCGUCUUUAA